CACGUUUUUAAUAGUCGGUACAAAACCACAUUAAGAUAAGUGGGCGCACUGAAUAAAAGCAAUUAAGGUUCAGGGAAGCUGCCUUACAGCUUUGUGGGAUAAAAGAAAAAGAUAAUGCUGACAGUGCAUGACAUGUGCUUCCUUUUUACAUUUUGUAGGCUUGUCAAGCUCUGAACAACUUACAUCCUGCUAUUCAGGCCUCAGGUGGCGUCGUUUGCAAAGCAAAGCUAAAAGCUCAGGCGGGUUGAUUAUGGGCGCUGCAGGAAACCGUUUUGGUCCAGAAGGAAAGCUAUAGACGUUGUUGAGUGUUUUAUUUUCCAAGACACCAGGUGGUGCUAGCUAUUGCUGGAUUAUACGACCACUGAAAGGAGACCGGUGCUAUGUGCUGCAGGAGCUGUCCUUUCAGCACCAUUCAGCCCCUGGUUUCCCUGGCAGCUGCAGAAGCGCAGUGUAUUCAAUUCCUACAGCUAAAGAAAAACAGAAGUCUGCCUUUCUGAAUAGGCUGGAGAGUUGUUAUCAAGUCGACUUGCAGAGUGAAGAGGACAGAAUGGUGAAGCUGGGAAGUAAUAUAAAUGACAAGAAUGCUAAGCAGCCCUCUGGAGAAGAUGGGUUUCAAAAUAUACCUCUGAUCACACCUUUGGAUGUUAAUCAUUUACAGCUACCCACUCCAGAGAAGGUGGUGGUCAAAACAAGAACAGAAUACCAGUCAGAUCAAAAGAACAAAGGGAAAUUAAGAGUACCAAAGAUUGCCGAGUUCACAGUCAGUUUCAAUGAUGGCGUAACAGAAAGAUUAAAGGUUACAAUUCUUAUCAGCCUCGCUCUUGCUUUCCUCGCUUGCAUAGUAUUCCUUGUGGUGUACAAAGCCUUCACCUAUGAUCACAGUUGCCCGGAUGGAUUUGUUUAUAAGCAUAAACGUUGUAUUCCAGCUUCAUUGGAUGCGUACUACUCUGCACAAGAUUCCAGCUCGCGGGGCAGAUUCUACACAGUCAUUAGCCACUAUAGUAUGGCAAAGCAGACAAGUUCACGAUCUCUGUCCCCUUGGCUGCCUUCUGGCUCAGUUAAUCAGGAAGUCAAGGUUCCAAACACAGAUGGCCAUUAAAUGAUGCAGGAAGGCUUCAUUUCUGAAAACAUUUACCUGCUGAAGGCAGCAUUGAAGCAAACACUUCCCAGAAUAUUACUGGAGUUAUUUUAAAUAUAUAAUUUCCUUUUUGUGCAUUUGCCAUGGUUGAUUUGUAAUUGAUUAUAGCUCUUGUAAAAAGGCAUGCUUAAUGUUCAUGCACUUCACUCUGUAAAUUAUUAUAUAUUUUUUAGUUUAUCAGUGCUGAAAACAUCUGCAUUAGUUAAGAUAUAGAAGUAUGUUCAAAAAUACAUCUUAUGAUCCUCUGCAUACAUUUUAUUUGGAAAUGAAAGAUAACAACUGGGUAUGUCAUUUUAGCUGUUUUAGAUACUGUUGAAUGAAGCUGUAUUUUAAAAGACAUGUUUUGCUUGUGGCAUUUGUGACUUGCUUGAAUGUGAGUAUUUAGCAGACCUGCAGAAUAACUGGAUCUGGAAUGCUCAUUCAUGUUGCAUUGUUAUGUCUGGGGGAUCUGAAAUGUGUAUUUUUAUUUUUGUUAGUCCCUCCCCCCACAUCCGAUUAUUGUUCUGCUUAAAAGAAACCAGUCAAAACUGAUUAGCUAUGGGAAAAAAAGUUCUAGUACAUGCUCUUUAUGUUUCAUAUGGAAAAUAAGAACAUUACACUGCUUAUGGCAGAUAUCACAGAAACUGACAAAAAUCAUUUUAUGCAAUUACUGGAGCUCCCAGGAACAUGAGAAGGAUCUUUAGAGAACAUAGAAAAAUGGCUACAGUCCAUUCUGACUGGUUAAAUACAGGCACAUGAAGAAGGGCAUAUUCUCUGGUAUGGAACCUGAAAUGCAUCAGAUUAAUUAUGGUAUGACAAGGUUUGUACUGCAUAAUGUAGGUCAGAAAUAAUUAUAGUGCCAAAUGCUAAUGUUUACAUAUCCAUGAUUCACCUGUAAAUUCAUCACUUGUAAAAACAACACUGAGGUAUACUUUUGUGGUGUAUUUAUGUCAGUAAGUAAAAUGUCUGAAGUAGUUCUGAUGUGAUUUUUUUUUUGCCUUUAUCAAUAAGGCAGAAAUAAAUAAAUAAAUAAAGCUAGAUGUGUCUGAAAA